UUAAGAGGGAUGGAUACCGACUUGACUUUCUCCUCUCGUCGGUCACCUGUUGUGUGUCUACACGGUUGUGUAGCAUCCAGCCAGCCACUAGCUUCCAGUAUAGGACUCGACAUCCUGAAGCGUGGUGGUAAUGCAGCAGAUGCUGCGGUUGCCAUAGCAGCAGCGCUGGCGAUAACAGAGCCGUGCAGCACCGGUCCUGGUGGAGACGCCUUCUGCUUGUUCUACAACGGAGACACUGGAGAGAUCAGAGGAAUUAACGGCAGUGGUCGAUCACCCAGAGCUCAGACCCUGGAGUUCCUGGAAGGACGUGGUUACACUGCAGAGGCCCCUCCCUUGCCUGCUGAUGCCUUGAAUGUCACAGUACCAGGGGCCCCGGCAUGCUGGUGCGAUACCGUAGAGCUGUUUGGUAGUCACAAGCUGUCCUUGCAGGAGGUGCUGAGUGGGGCGGUGGAGCUUGCAGAGGUGGGAUUUCCUGUUGCAGAGGUAACGGCUCACCACUGGGCAAAAUGUGUGACUGCUCUGAGGGAUGAUGGAAAGGAACUAGGUGGAGACCUGCUGAUCGAUGGUCAUGCCCCCAAAUGUGGACAAGUAUUCAGAAACCCUUCCCUGGCCCAGACUCUGAAGGAGCUGGGUGAGCGUGGCAAACCAGCUUUCUACCAGGGCAGAGUGGCCCAAGCAAUCGUCGAUAUCAUCAACCAAAAUGGAGGAGUUAUGACCGUGGGUGACCUCAGUAGCCAUGACAGUGAGGUCAUCACCCCAUUAAGCACAGAAUACAAGGGUGUGCGUCUGUGGGAACCGCCUCCUAACAAUCAGGGGUUGGCUGCCCUACUGCUGCUCAACAUCCUGGAGAACUUCCCUUUCAAUGCUGCAGGCCAUAACAGCUCUGACUACAUCCAUGUACUGGUGGAGGCUGUGCGCUUGGCACUAACAGACACACAGCGUUACCUGGGUGACCCAGAUCAUGUGACCAUCCCCCUGGAAACCUUACUGGACAAGAGCUACAGCCACCAGCGAGCACAGAGUAUCUGCAUGGACAGAGCCAUGGAAGAAGUGGAGCCUGGCCUGACAACAGGAAGUGACACAGUCUAUUUCUGUGUGAUUGAUAGUCAGGGCAACGCCUGUUCAUUUGUCAACAGCACCUAUAUGGGCUUUGGAAGUGGGCUGGUCCCUAAGGAUUGUGGAUUCUCACUACAGAAUCGUGGUGCCAGCUUUAGUCUGCAUCGUAACCAUGUUAACUGUGUUGCUGGGGGGAAGCGUCCAUAUCACACCAUAAUAGCUGCACUUCUCACUGACUCUGCAUCCAAAUCACAAAAACCACAACUCCUUGCUGCCCUGGGGCUGAUGGGGGCUUUGAUGCAACCACAAGGACAUGUCCAGGUGUUGUUGAAUAUGUUGGAGUUUGGGAUGAAUCCUCAACAAGCUCUGGACGCACCAAGAGUCUAUGUACAGUAUGACCACAAAACUGAUCAGUGGUGGGUUCAUUUGGAGGAAGGGGUCGGCCAGGAGGUAGCCGAGGAGCUGAGAAGACGGGGCCACAAAGUCAACUGGCCAAUCACAGGUCACAAGAGGUCUCAGUUUGGGCGGGGACAGAUCAUCACAGUGGGGGAUUGGUGGAACCCAGCUGUCAAUCAAGCUGAUCAUCCAUCCAGGGUGCUGUGGGCGGGAUCAGACCCCAGAGCAGAUGGAUGCGCUCAGGGAUACUAGACACAAGUGUCUUCUCUUCUUCCCUGUUGAUGAAAUAUUCAGAUAAAUUGAUCACAAAGUAUUUUUGAAACAAAUUCCUACAUAUGAACUGUAGAACAGAUGUACUUUGAACAUUUGGCGGUGACAUAAUUCACAGUAAUCAUAAUUACAUAUAUAACCCUCCAAAAUUGAGUCAAGAUAAUGUAAUAAUGAAAUGUGAAUCAAGUCAAUCAGUGUAUCUCCAUUCACUUGCAUUUUGCAUCGUUUUCCUACGCUUUAAAGUGAAGUAAAUUUACUGAUUCAACAAUCUGUAUUUCAAGUGAUCUGUA